AUGGCUGUGUUGCAGAUUCGCGGCGGUCUGCACCGUGCUCACGAGAUCUUUCCACCAAACCUUUUGGGUGCCGCGUCGACUCCGAAUGGGCGCAACGGCAGCUGCGACGAAUUACCAAGCACCACUGGACCCUUUUUGGGGGCGCUAGAUCGACCGCGACACGAGGUUAAUUAUUACUCGUCAGGCCACCAGAUUGCCUUCAGCGUAGCGUCUGUGCGAUUACCAGGGACAGAAAGAAAAAUUCACUGGAGCGGAGUGCUCAGCGCCGAUGCGCAGAUCGAUUACAUGCCGAUGAUGGCAUGGGGGUUUCUAGCCAUAGGGGCUGGAACAGCUGUGCGAGCCACGACAGUCUCCGAUGCGGACAGCUUGCUGUACCAAGCAGCUGAGUUUGAUUCUUCUAGUGUUGCAUUUGUCCUUCUCUAUGUCCUUGCUCCGCCGAGACGGAGCUCCGAGGGCUGA